AUGUGUACAAAUAUCGAAAGAGCUAUUUCAAAUACAAUGUCAUCGUAUGCAUCAAAUAUACAAUUAGAAAUUAUUUUUAAUAUUCCAUUACAAGAUAAUAUCGAUGAAUAUCAAUGUCAAUUUCAUUUAACUAAUGACAAAGAAUUUUUCUUUUGUACAAAUGCUCUUCCUCUUGAUGAUAAAGCGUUAAAAUGUUUACCUCCUAUCCUAAAUGAUGUAAAUCAAACUGUUUACAAUGUUGUUUUAUCAGUUCAUCAUGUAAUACAUAUUCUAAUCAAUUUAUAUGGAGUCUUCAAACAGUAA